CCUGCACACAGUCUCCGCUACGCACGAUGCCUUCUCCGAUCCCCGUGACUCGCCUGCUGCCCAAAGACAUCUACCCCUCUCUGGACAUCGGGACCUGCAGCAGCCCGCUGACCAAACACUCCUCCGGCUACACCUUACAGGUCCCCGUACAAAGGCUCCACGGCAAGGUCUCCAGUCGGCUCUGGUCCUCGGUGAUCCACUGGAAGGAGCUGCGCUCCAUGCAGCCUGUGGGCUCCGGAGGCUUCGGCUCCGUCUACAAGGCAGAAUAUCUGGGGGACACCGUCGCACUGAAGAAAGUCAAGAAGUGCACCAAGAACAAGCUGGCGUCGCGACAGAGCUUCUGGGCCGAGCUGAACGCAGCACACCUGCGCCACAGAAACAUCGUUCGCGUCAUCGCAGCAACCACCUGCGUACCGGCGGAUUUUGGAGACGAAAGCAGCAUCGGGACGAUCCUGAUGGAGUUCGUGGGGAGCAGAAAUCUGCAGCAAAUCAUUUACGAAUGUGUAGAGCCGCUUGGGGAGGACAGGUGGCUCAGGUACAGCGCAGACAUUGUACACGGCUUGCACUUCCUUCACUCCCACAACGUAGUGCAUCUGGACAUAAAACCUGCGAACGUCUUGGUGUCAAGUGAAGACGUCUGCAAAAUUGCCGAUUUCGGCUGUUCGUUGACACUCGAGCGUGGACGUGAAGUGAGCGCUACCAGCCCGCAGCUCAGUCACGUCGGCGGCACGUACACGCACAGAUCCCCGGAGCUGCUGAAAGGCGAGGGGGUGUCCACCAAAGCGGAUAUCUUCUCUUUCGGGAUCACCUUCUGGCAGCUGGUCACCAGAGAGCAGCCGUACACCGGCGACAGGCAGCACGUGCUGUACGCGGUCGUGGCGCACCAUCUGCGGCCGUGUGUCCAGAAGCACCCGCUGUUCCGGUCGAAGCAGGGGCGGCUGUGCAGGACUCUGCUGAACCGGUGCUGGAGCGGAGAGGCCCGCUGCAGACCCAGCGCCCAGGAACUGCUGCCUCGCCUGGAGCAGCUGCGAUCCCAGACAUGAGUUUGUUUUAUAGUCUAGCUGGCGCACAGAUGUAGCCUACUGUCGGCUGUGACUUUCAUAACACGCACAAGUUUUAGGAACAUUUUAGAAGGCGCUCUUCUUCUGUCAGAUCUUCAGGACGGAGCCUUGUUACUGAGCAGCAACAAUAGUGUGCCACACCACGUUUUAGCUCCUAAACUAACAUGAUGAUGUGCUUUUUUUAGUUCGGCAGAUUUAAACCCCACUACAGACCACUGAUUGGAAUAACACAAACUAUUUGAAAUUGUUUUUCAUCGCUCGCUCUGCCGAGUUGAUGCCUUUUCGUUACGAAAUAGUCUCAAUUAAAAUGUGAUGUGUGUAAGUGUUAUGUGCCACAUUCUUGUUUCGUUGUUUAAGGUGUACAAUUUGCCAAGACAAUAUAUGACUCUUAAUUAUAAUAAACAAAUCUUAAUUCAACACAUCAUCAUUUGACCAGCCGACUGCAGCCACCCCACCUGAAGGUAAUGUGAGAGUUCUGGCUUUGUUUUAGCGAUUUUUGUUGGCAUCUACAUGUGUCCUGAAACGA